AUGUCUACCCUCCCAGAAGCAAUAAUUGACACCUACAAGAGGUACAAAGCCGGGACGAACCGUGUCAUCUCCUUUCUGGUUCAAUCCAGCCGUGCACCCGCCAAAGAUCUGGUUCCAAAACGCAAAUCAAAAGCUUCCAAGAAAAAAGGGAAAUCGGCCUCGAAAGUCAAACCCGAGAACAUCACUCUUCGAGAUCUUGUCCCAUUAGCUAAGAACGUUGUUAGCAAGGGGCUUAAGGUUCCAUCUCACCUUCUGUCAAUUCUCGAGGAUGUCAUCAAAGCCCGCUCGAAAUGUGCUAGAUGGUACCGCGGCCAAACUCCCCAUGGUCUUGCUUUCGAACAUGAAAAGCAUGAGCACUUCAUCAGAGUGUUGGAGGAAAUCCAUGCAAUUCUCAAACCAGCCGAGGGCUCUCAUCCAGCAUCAGCACAGAAAACGCAGCAGAGAUCGGAACUUUCUCCCCGAAAGGCUAAAAACCUGUUCGAGCACCUAGAUAGUGAGGAACCUCUUUGCAAAGGUUUUGAGAAUAUCACUAUUGACAGCAGUUACUUCGCCGAUGACUCAACUUCGAAGCCAACCGGAGCUAAGCAGAGUCUUGCUCCCGAAGAAUCAAAGCUCGAAGAGCAGCUCUUUGCUUUGUUCUGUUUCUUCCAGGAUAUCUCUGAUCUCCGACUAUUCAUCGGAAGAAUAUGGACGGAGUACAUGAAAGGCCAGUCUGGUCUUAUGAGCGUAGCUAUCACUACUGCCGCAGCUUUUGAUCUCAUCAAAAAGGCAAAUGAAGAGCUAAUAGCCCAAUUCCCGGAUAUGAAGCAGCAUACACAAGUGGUCAGGUUCUUCGAAAGAAACGGAUACGCCGUUACGGGCCCAAAUGGCAAGGGGUUUUCCGAAGCAGAAUGUGACCUCGAGAACGUGGAAGCAAUCUCACUCUCUCUGGCGCUCUGUGUCAAAACAUGGUACCGCGUUCUAAUGCCCCGUGUUCAUGAAAAAGUGCCAUCACUACCAAAGAAGAAGGCCGAAACCGAAGGGUCCUCAAGUCCGAGUUUGACUGAAUUUAAGUAUUUGGAUGCUCUCUCACUGGACUAUAUGGUUUUGGGUGGCCUAAUGCCUGACGCGCUUGAGGGUAUGGGAUAUCCUAUCCUCCAAGGAUUCCGAGAAGCUCAACGUACGAGAACCCUACCGAGCUGGCUCGUGAUCUCAUUCGAUAUCAUCACUAGGCUUCGUCAAACGCUAUGGCUAGAUGGGUCUGAGCAACCCUACGAUGAACUUUUGACCCAUUCACUAUCCGUCAGGAAACAGAUGACUUGUUUGAUCAAAUUUUCUAGAACAUGGGAGUCAAUCGGAUUACCUCACCUCGCAAACCAUGCCGACAUGAUCAAUGACCUAAUAAGCGAUCCCCUAGAACUCCUUACUAUAUGGACGGUCCAGGAUUUCGUAAAGCAAUUGAAAUCGGAGUUGAAAAUCCCUGGGGCCGAACUUUUGCAAACUGACAGGCACUUCCUCCUUCGUAAUGAUCCCGUCUUAUGCGGAUUGGUUCUUUCCCGUGUCCGACUCAGUAUCCAUAGCCUAGGAUUGCAUUUGGCAGUUCAAGACUCUGUAGUUGCCAUGGCUGCACAGGUUUACAACACUGGUCUGGUCAACGGACUGUUGAAGUCGAAAUGGCCGGAUAUGGAGGACUUGAUCAACAUCCAUGCACUAGACAAAACUUUGUUUAUCGGAAGUCGACCUACUACACCCGACGGUUGCUCCUCAAGAUUCUUCACCUCAAUGGGAUUCAGCGUCCAAAGCCGAGCAAAAGGAGGAACUUUCAUUGAAGCCCUUAUGAGAUUCGGUAAUGGUGAAAGGUUACCAUACAGAAUCCUUAACCGCCGACGGGAGAUAGGCUUCACCUCAGUUUUCGCCAAUGCUGCAAAGAAGGAGUUCAAAUGGUGUCUAGAUGAACUAACCUUCCGCUUCACCGAAGUUAUCGGCAACCAAAUAAAGCGUUAUUUGGAUCUUAAGAAAGAAAAGCUUCUGACAGAGUUCGAAAACCCCAUGCUCGACGAAACCACGGUUGCACAAUGGCAAAAGCAUAAAAAACUUAACCAGCUUCAAUUGCUCGAGGUUCUCUACAACAGCAUCGAAGCCGAUGAUUUUCACUUCAAUUUCGACUACAUUUCUAUGGCGGAGAGGUGCGCCAAGUUCCUCACUGUGGUUGACAAAGCAUCUAGAGAUCUCUUUUCUAUUGCUCUAGGUGAUUCUAUUCUCCUUCAGAAGUUGAGCACCCGGUCAAAUGUCUGGCCUAUAGCAAUUUUCGACGGCAGUGAUACCGGCAUGUUCAUUCUCAAACUUGCCUGCGACGCGCUCGUCCCCCUUAUCAAAAACCAAGGAGAUGUGGAACGCCGCAAAAACCUCUCCCUAAUUUGCAAAAAGGACAGAGACUUAGUUUACGUCGACGUUAAGGCCGUCCCGACCUUCCAAAGGCUACUGUCUAAGCUUCCGAACCCAUUUGAACAAAUACUCAUCACCACGAUGAUGGACGAAUUCCCGAAUUCCAACGUCUACCUUAUCGGACUCAACACCCAAUCAACCACCUCCAAUAAUCUUGCAGGGGCGUUCGUUAUGUUUUCACAAUCACGCGAGCUUUUAGCACAGCUAAACGAAGGUAAACCGACCCACGAAGCUGACGACGGAUGGAUGCCGUAUCGGGAGGCAUUGCUGUUUUGUUUCCUUGAGCUACUCGGAAAACAUCGAGAGGCGCUUAGAAAGGAAACGCACACAAAGGCGAGACGUACUGCAUUGGUUUUAUCGACUCGGCCAGAAUUUCCACUCGAAGAUCUACAAGCCGAAUUAGAUUUAAUUUGCAAGGAAGUCCCUGGGUUUCCGGAUAGCAUGCAGAAUUUAAAAGAUCGUGUUGGAGAGGCGUUUGAAUAUAGGGAGAAAAUGAUGGCUCUCGAGACGUCGACUAUGAUGGCUCAAGGGCGGGCCUAUGCUGAGACAUAUAAUUUUAAUCGAGGUGGCUAUUAA